AUUAUAUAUUACCAUGGCUGAAGGAAGAGAGAACUGGGCAGUUGAUGAGUUAUUGAAGGCUGAAGAAGAAGCAAAUAACAUUAUAAAGACAGCUUAGAAAGAAAGAGAGAAAAAAAUAAAAGAGGCCAAGGUCGCAGCUGAUUAAGAGAUUGCAGUAUUUAGAAGGGAGGAAGAAACCAAAUAUAAUCAAGAAAUUCUAAGAGUAAUAUUAAAGAAUAACUGAAGCGUUUUGGAUCUACUAAGGAGGAAGAAGAGUUGGAAAGAAAAACAAAAGCAGAAAUCGAUAAGAUAUAUGCAGAUUACGAAGCAAAUAAAUUGGCAGUUGUGGACAUGUUGAUUAAAAGGGUUAUUGAAGUUAAAUUGGAGGUUCCAAGAGUCGUGAAGGGAUAAUUUGAAUAGCCAUAACAAAAUUAAUGAGAU